UAAGGAUUCAGUAACAAGAAUCCGACGUAUCCAACGUUACAAUUUAUGUACACGUUUACGGAACACAGUUCGCGUGCGCGUGCAAUAUUUAAAGAUGUGGCCAACCGAGCGUUUGCUUGUCUUUUGCAUUAAACUUCCUAGUGCGUAUUUGCAGAUUUGGCAUGUUCUCUGCGGUUGUGCACGUGGUAAUGGCAUAAAAUCAACGUCUCGCUUACAGUUUCUUUAUGUAUCGAAGACUGCUUCCUUGGCGUCCUGGAAAUAUCAGAUUUAUUACAUCUCUAGGCAAAUUGUUCUGUUGUGGAAAUUGAUCGAAUCUUGAGUCGGAGAUAAGCAAAUCACACAGGAAGACUCAAAAUUCAUCUCUAUUACAAACGUAGAAAUAUUCAGCAUCAACCAAACAACAAAAAGCACAACACCAUUUCUUUCCAGUCUCCACGCUAUGCCAGAGAUUUCAGUACGCUUAAAACAAACAAGUGAAAUAUCCAUUCCACUCGACAUGAGAACAAUCACAUCCAACAGUAUAAAAAAGAAAAAAAAAGUUACAGGAAAAUAGUAAAAAAGCAUCGAAAAAAAAAAACACUCCAAACUCCCAGUAUUCGCGUAGAUUUUUAGACAGUUUAAAAUAAAAAAAGAAGUAAAAGCGAAAAAUAUCACGGCUUGUUUACAUAGUUACCAGAGAGCGGAUUCCCGUAGGAAGGAAAAGGGUCAUGACAUACAAGCGCCAUCAGUUAUAUGACGUGAGUCCGAGGAUUUUUCACCAUUCUGAAAAGUUUGAGCAACGAGGAGCUAUUCAUUAAGCUGUAUACGUCGGGGAAAUGCUCGGCAGCAAAGUGUGUGGUGUAUGCAUACAACCCAACCGACAUUCACACGCAAGAUACGGAAGUUUCGACAAUGCGCACAUACACACAUAUUUCUCUACUAUUAUUCUUACAUCAGCCAUAUAUUUGACAGAGUAUUGAAUACAAAAAAUUCAGGAUCAAUCCAUCAUUAGUAUAUAAAGUUUCCUUUCCUGCAAAUGGCUCUUUUAUUUACAGGCAUGUGGGACUCAACAAUGUUCCUGAGUACUCUUACUCCAAAAUUUUAUGUAGCUCUUACAGGAACGUCAUCUCUUAUAUCAGGUCUCAUUUUAAUUUUUGAAUGGUGGUAUUUCAGAAAGUAUGGUACAUCUUUCAUAGAACAGGUAUCUUUAAAUCACAUUUCUCCGUGGAUUGGCGGUGGAGAUGCUAAUUCUGAUAAUAACAAUAGUAGUACAAACACUACAAAUUCAUCAAAUCAAAAUGUGCCUGAGUGUAAAGUAUGGCGUAAUCCAAUCAAUUUAUUUAGAGGAGCAGAAUAUCAAAGAUUUUACUGGGCCACUAAUAAAGAACCUUUGACAUAUUAUGACAUGAAUCUGUCAGCUCAAGAUCACCAGACAUUUUUUACCUGUGAAGGUGAUAAAGGCAAAGCAGAGUAUGAAAUUAUGCAGACUGCAUGGCGUGAAAGAAAUCCAGUUGUACGAAUAAAGGCAGCACACAGUGCAUUGGAGCGUAAUCCAGACUGUGCACCUGCUUAUAUUUUACUUGCAGAAGAGGAAGCAACUACAAUUUUAGAAGCUGAAAAAAUUCUCAAACAUGCUCUCAAAGUAGCAGAAAAUAAUUAUAGAAAAUCUCAAAAUACUCAGCACCAAGGAGCUAAUGCUGAAGCAAUACACAGAAGAGACACUAAUGUUCUUAUUUAUGUUAAGAGAAGACUUGCCAUGUGCGCUAGAAAACUAGGAAAGCUCAAAGAAGCUGUUAAAAUUUUUAGAGAUCUAACCAAAGAAGUACCUCCAAUCAUGAAUGUACUGAACAUUCAUGAAAAUUUAAUAGAGGCUUUACUAGAAAUGCAAGCCUAUGCUGAUGUACAAGCAGUGCUAGCCAAGUAUGAUGACAUAAGUUUGCCAAAAUCAGCUACAAUAUGUUAUACAGCAGCAUUACUAAAAGCUAGAUUAGUAGCAGACAAAUUUUCUCCAGACAUUGCAAGCAAAAGAGGUCUAACAACUGCUGAGCUGUCAGCAGUUGAGGCAAUUCAUAGAGCAGUAGAGUUCAACCCACAUGUCCCAAAGUACUUAUUAGAAAUGAAACCCCUUAUUCUACCACCAGAACAUGUACUGAAAAGGGGUGACUCAGAAGCAAUAGCAUAUGCUUUCUCUCACUUACCACAUUGGAAACAGAUGGAAGGUGCACUCAAUCUACUACACUGUACUUGGGAAGGUACCUUUAGAAUGUUACCUUACCCUUUGGAAAAGGGCCACCUUUUUUAUCCUUAUCCGACUUGUACAGAGUGUGCAGAUCGUGAACUUUUACCAUCAUUCCAUGAGGUGAGUGUCUACCCAAAAAAGGAACUACCUUUUUUCAUCCUUUUUACUGCUGGACUGUGUUCAUUCACGGCUCUGGUCGCCCUACUCACACAUCAGUAUCCUGACACUAUGGGAGUGGUUGCCAGGUCUAUGUUAUCCUGGAUUUCCAUGCCCUUCCAUUAUGUGCUUGAAAAGCUAGAGGCCAUCUUACCGACAAAUAUAUUGCAACAACUCUCUAGAAUAUAAGCUUCAAAUUUGUUGUCUAUUUCCCUCUAUGUCUGUCUAUCUCUCUUUAUUGUUUUUUUUUAUCUCACAGUGAGAACUACCUGGUGAAAAUAAUUUUGUAUUUUAUUCAACUUUAGCAAGUUUGGAGACUUUUUAAAGACUAUUUUUGUUCACAUCUUGAAUGGACUGAUAUUUUAAUUAAUUUUAUUUAAUAUUUAACGCUUAGAUUUUAUUUAUAAAGCUAAAUAUUUAUUGUAAUUUAAGAUUGAAAACAUGAUUGUGAUCUUAAAAUGUUGAAGUGUGAUUUCAAACGUUUUGUUGCAUUUUCACCAAGUAAAUCUCAGAUAAAAAAAAUAACGAAACUAAUGUGAUAUUUGCGAUAUUUCAAAGAUUUUUGCGUUCCUUAAACUUCCAUUGCUCAAGCAUGCAAAAUAUUAUGACGAUAUGAGUACCCAUAACUUCCUUCGUUUCGUCUUUUUGAUAAAAAUUAAAACGCUUCAAAUUUAAUACAGUUGCAUAGGAAACGAAUUGUGGUUUUUUAAUGCUUCUGUAAUUUUUCACGUGUUUUUUCUGUAAUUUUCAUCAGCAAGACGAAACCAUUAUUAUGAGGACUGAUAAACUAACAUAUUUAUAUAAUCACUUAAUUACUUACUAAUUUAAGUCAAUUAAAAGUAUUUACAUUACCAAACUCGGUGUACAAAAUAAAAAUAUAAUGUG